AUGUCUAAACCAUUAAUAUCCGCUGUUUUGGCUCUUUGGCGUGAUAUCGCGAUUGAAGGAUUGGACGACUUAUGGAAAGUAGCAAACUCUGAAGCUGAUUUCGACGCGACGCGUAAAGGAAAAGCAAAAGAAGUCUUGGAUAAUUGGAAGCUUAAUCUGAACAGUGAUGAACUCUUUGUUCGACGCUUAAGUGCAAGCUGGGAUCAUAUUUCUCUUGUGAUGAACUCUUUGUUCGACGCUAGCGCAAGCUGGGACUCUUUGUCUAAUAAGGAUGAGCUCUUAUUAACUAUUUAUGUUUCCCAAGAUAUGGUCAGCACAAACCAAAAUUGUGAAUCGAUCAAGAUCAGAAAUCUUAAUAAACACCAUCGAGAUGUCGAUAAUGAAGAACAGUUAAUAUCAAAUGAGUUUUCAAUUCAACCUAAAAAAGUGAAAUUGGAUAAUCCAAUCCUUGAUGCAGUCGAAUCCUCUUCUAGCAAUAAUUAUAAUAAUUCCGAGCAAGAAGUCAUACCAUCACUCACUUUGAAAAGAUUUGAAGAAGAGUAUUUGAAAAUGAUAUCCGAUCAUAUGUGGACACUAAAGAGUGGGCGUAAAGUGGAAGUGAUUAUAUAUGAAUUUGCACGAAAGUUGACAUGUGAAUCUUAUUUACACUCGUUCAUUAUUAAUGAAAGCGAUAUGCGCACAAGAUCACUGUUCUCCGAAGAUGAAUGGAAAGAAAUCACCACGUCAGAAGCUAAGGAUAGACGAGAACUUGAAAAUUCUCUUAAGGAAUUGUUAAAAAAGUACAUAGUUAAUAAUAUCGAAAGAGAAUUGAUACGAGAUGAAUGUUUGGAGCCACCUUAUCGAUCCAUUUUUUACAAUUUAAACAUUGAUUUAAUUCAUAGUGAGGGAAUGACAGGAAAAAUCGAAAAUGUGAUGGGAUUUAGAUUACAUGAAGAUUCUCUAGAAUUCGGGGCUAUAGAAGCGGGGCGAAAGUGGGAAAGUGGUACAAAAUUUGUAGAGAUGCUUCAGAGUUCAAAUAGAAUGCAGGUUAUCACUGCUGACCUUCCUAAGAGAUAUGUCGUUCGUGUUCAACGUGGAAAAGUCUGUGAAGUCGCUGGCUGCUUAACAAAAUCUAAACCACUUGCACUAGUUUUAAAAGAAAUCUUUUAUGUAAAAUAUACUAUAUUGCAAACAUUGGAUAUUGUAAAUCACAAGGAUGAUGUUAAUGUUGAAAACUUUCUUGAUGACUCUAAAGAUGGAAAAAAUUAA